AUGUACGCAUCGCUCGGCUACAUUCUCUCGCACGAGAUCAUGCACACGGAAUCGCUAAAGGCCGAGCUCGUCAAGUCGUUUCCGGCGGAAUGCGUGAAAAAUGCCUCUCAAGCGACGUGUGCCCGUUUUCAAGAAGCCCCAUGUGAAAGCGGGGAAGAUACGUUCGACGAGGACUUUGCCGAUAUCUUUGGGCUCUACACAGCCCUGGAGAUGUACAAACGGGUUACCGAACAGCCGAACAUCACGUCAUUUUUCACUGCCUAUGCCACUGUUUGGUGCAAUUGGUUCUUUGAUGCCCAACAAGAGCUAGGUGAUAUCCACUCCGCGGCUUAUGUUCGAACCAACAACCCGCUAUCGCUGAUCGAGGAUUUCAGGCUUGUCUACAGUUGCAGCCCGGAAUCGAACAUGAUGCAACGCAUGUGCCCAAAUCAACAACCUGGAUUGAGUUUU